ACUUAGUCUUGGCGAUGGUAAUACAUUUAUGAUUUAUUUAACUUAAAUAAAUUUUAAGUUAGGCUAUCAUUCAUCUGAAAUUUUUGUUUGGAAAAAGAGCUGAACGGUCUAGAGUUGGAUAAACUACGUUAUAAAACUUGGGUUUAGACUCACGUUCGAACUUAAAACUAAGAUAGAUUAAGAAUCUUGUGUUAUCUGUAUGGGAAACUAACGUUUACUAUGGCAGGAAACAAACCAGGAAAGCUAGAAUUCAGUUGGAACCAUGGAGGCAUCCCACGUUCGUUGUGCUAUGUGGAAGAUAAUAAGUUCUGCUUUCCGUGUGGUCACUGUAUUAAAGUUUUAUCUGAAAAUACUGAACCAGUUACAUACUCAGAAUUUGAAGAUGACAUUCUGUUGCUCACGGCUUCUCCAAAUGAAAAUGUUAUUGCAAUAAUUGAGCAUUACCUAAAUCCUAAUAUUUUUAUACUGUCGUACCCAAAUUUUGAAAAAGUUAGGGAGCUAAAAGGGGACAGCUCUAGCCCAGAAGAGUACCUUGCUUUGCAGUUUUUACAAGAACUGCUUCUUUCAGUAACGGGAUGUCCAGAUUUUUCCUUUAUUUUGUGGAAUUGGAAAACAGGAGAUCAGUUAACUAGUGUGUCAUGUCCAUUGUUGCAGUCAAGUAGUACACACGUGACUCCGAACCCUCUAAAUUCACAGCAGUGCUGUCUCAUUCAGAGUAGCUGUGUUAUAAUUGGAGAAGUACAGAAGUGUGGGGAAGAAUUUUCAUUCAGAUUAAAAACAGUCACUCUACCAUCGACUUCAAGAACCAAUCCAGGAGACAGUGAAAAUGUUGACGUUAGUCUAGACAAAGAUGACUGUAGGCUAGACUUGACAACUGAAAUCUUGUCAAAAUUAUCUCUUGGUCCAGUUACAAAGAUGAGUGAACAAGAACUUGAAGAAUUUCAACUGUGGUGUGCUGGUCAAACACUGGUUGUUCCGAGAUGUCACUGUUGGACGGCCAAUGGAGAUGUUCUAGUUGCAUGUGAUAGUGGAUUGAUUAUCAGGGUGAAUGGUGAGUCUGCUGUUGUAACAGAGUGUCAUCAGUUACAGUGGAUUGAAUCGCAAGAAGAUAAAACUGGAUCGGAAGAAAACUGUCACGUGGUCUCAUCAAUAGCCCUUCACAGGGAUGGACUCUUUAUUGGUGGAAGGGUAAAAAGUUUUUCUGUAAAGUUCAAAAUAUCUGCACAUUUUAAAUUAAAAACUCAAAU